AAAUGAUUCUCCAAAUGCAUCUUAUAACUAGUAUACAAUCUUAUUAACCAAUGUCAUCUUGUGAUUCAAUGUACCUUUGAAUAACGUGUCGACAUGAUUUAAACUAUAGAAAAGAAAAAGAGAGAAAAAAAAAGGUGCAUUGAUAAUGACAGUAGCUAUUUUUAAAAUCCGUUCUCUCUCUUUUCUCCCUUCUCUUUUUUUAACAAAAUAAUGUCAACUAAACCAACUCAAGAAGAAGCGAAUCCAUCAACAGUUCCAAAGACUUUACCAGAUCCCAACUGGUCAGUGCUCGAUUCAUUCAACGUACAGGAUGACACAGAGAUGUUUGAAGAAGCCCUCAUUCCUCCAGAAAACUUCAACAUGGUCUGUGAACAUAUCUAUCGCUCUUCCUUUCCAAAAAAGAAGCAUUAUAAGUUUCUUGAAAAGCUAAAGCUAAAAAGUGUUUUAACAUUGAUUUUAGAAGAAUAUCCAGAACAAAAUAUGAAGUUUUUAAAAGAACAAAAUAUUCAGUUUCUGCAGUUUGGUAUUGCAGGCAAUAAGGAACCUUUUGUUCAAAUUCCAGAAGAUAAAAUCAGUGCAGCUUUAGCAGCCUUACUUGACAAAAGAAACCACCCAAUUCUGAUUCAUUGCAAUAAGGGAAAGCAUCGUACAGGUUGUCUUGUAGGCUGUUUACGAAAAAUUCAAAAUUGGAGCCAUACUUCCAUUUUUGAUGAAUAUAGACGAUUCUCUCACCCAAAAUCACGAUCCAUGGAUCAACAAUUUAUAGAGCUUUAUGACGCUAAACAAGUCUGGCCACUGGUCGAUAAAAAAUAUUUACCUAAUUGGCCCACAUUAGCAGAUCCAUUCUAAUAAAAUAACACCGCUGCCACAUGGCAAAAAACGAA